AUGCAACAACUCAUCACCGCUAUCAAUACAGGAUGGGCAAUAGACCGGAAACAAUGUCCACCAGCACUAAUUCCAUUCUAUAACAACCGAAGCGAACUUAUUGAAGAUAAUGGAUUAGUCUUCUUUGGCGAAAGACUCGUUGUGCCUUCAUCCUUAAGAAAAGAAAUGCUACAGCAAAUUCACAAGUCCCAUAUAGGUAUUGAGGGUUGUCUGCGGCGAGCACGGGAAGUGAUAUAUUGGCCACGAAUGAAUGCGGAGGUGAAAAAUUAUGUUUCAAAGUGCUCCAUAUGCCAAACACACCAGCCGGAGCAGUGUCGUGAACCACUGAAGUCCUACGACCUACCUCAACAACCAUGGUCAGUGGUUGGAUAGGACCUAUUUCAAUUGGGAUAUCAGCAAUUUCUUAUCAUUGUUGACUACUGGAGUGGGCUCUUUGAAGUUCAAGAGUUAUCAAAAGUUACAUCGAAAACUGUCAUCACUGCAUCAAAGGUCCAAUUUGCGAGGCAUGAAAUUCCGGACACCCUAAUCUCCGAUAAUGGUCCUCAGUUUACGUCAGCGGAAUUUGCCCAGUUUACAAACGAGUGGCAAAUUGAACACCGAACAUCGAGCCCACACUAUCCUCAAUCUAAUGGACGUGCCGAAAAUGCAGUGAAAACCUGUAAAUCCCUAUUAAAGAAAACAAAAGCCAGCGGUGAAGAUCCUCUAUUAGCAUUACUAGAUUGGAGGAACACUCCGACUGAAAAUAUUGGACCUCACCAGCGUAAAGAUUAA